GCCGACCAUGCGCCGCCUCCUGCGGGCCCUGCUGCUGCUGCGGCUCGCCCUGCUGGUGGCCGCGGGCGCCCCGGAGGCGCUGGUGAGCGCGCCGCGGGGCCUGGUGUGGGGGCCCGAGCUGCAGGCGGCCGUCGUCCUGCCGGUCCGCUAUUUCUACCCGCAGGCGGUCAACUCAGAGGGCCAGAACUUCACUCGCGCGCCCCCAGGUCAAACACCAUUCAAAGUAGUAGUCAAAUCUCUUUCACCUAAAGAGCUGGUCCGGAUUCAUGUCCCUAAACCUUUGGACAGGAAUGAUGGAACAUUUUUGAUGAGAUAUAGGAUAAAUGAAACUGCCAAUGAAGGGCUGAAGGUAGAGGUCCUUUAUGGUGAUGAACAUGUGGCUCAGUCUCCCUAUAUUUUGAAAGGACCAGUAUACCAUGAGUACUGUGAGUGUCCAGAAAAUCCUCAGGCCUGGCAGAAAACUCUUUCUUGUCCGACCACAGAACAGCAGAUUGCAAAAGAUUUUGCCUCCUUUCCCAGCAUCAAUCUCCAGCAAAUGCUAAACGAAGUCCCCAAAAGGUUUGGGGACGAGAGAGGUGCCGUUGUUCAUUACACAAUUCUCAAUAACCACAUUCACCGGAGAUCUUUAGGGAAAUACACGGACUUCAAAAUGUUCUCUGAUGAGAUUUUGUUAUCACUGACAAGAAAGGUCCUCCUCCCAGAUUUAGAAUUUUAUGUUAAUCUUGGAGAUUGGCCUUUGGAGCAUCGAAAAGUCAAUGGAACCCCCAGCCCCAUACCUAUCAUUUCAUGAUGCAGCUCUCUGGAUUCAAAAGAUAUUGUCCUUCCAACAUAUGACAUCACCCACUUCACAUUUGAAGCCAUGAGGGGUGUUACAAAUGAUCUCCUCUCUAUUCAGGGAAAUACAGGGCCUUCCUGGAUCAACAAAAAAGAGAGAGCUUUCUUCAGAGGUAGAGACAGCCGAGAGGAGAGGCUCCAGUUGGUACAACUGUCAAAAAAAAAUCCUCAGCUACUAGAUGCAGGAAUUACAGGAUAUUUCUUUUUCCAAGAGAAAGAAAAGGAGCUUGGAAAAGCCAAGUUGAUGGGUUUCUUUGAUUUCUUCAAGUACAAGUAUCAAGUUAAUGUGGAUGGGACCGUGGCUGCUUAUAGAUAUCCAUAUCUCAUGCUGGGUGACAGUCUGGUUUUAAAGCAGGACUCACCAUAUUAUGAACAUUUCUAUAUGGCACUAGAGCCUUGGAGGCAUUAUGUUCCAAUUAAAAGAAAUCUUGGUGAUUUAUUAGAGAAAGUUAAAUGGGCUAAGGAAAAUGAUGAAGAAGCCAAGAAGAUUGUAAAAGAAGGACAACUGAUGGCUAGAGACCUACUACAGCCACACAGGCUUUACUGCUACUAUUACCAAGUACUGCAGAAAUAUGCUGAGCGCCAGUCCAGCAAACCCGAAGUAUGUGAUGGAAUGGAACUUGUUCCUCAGCCAGAAGACAGCACAGCCAUCUGCCAGUGCCACAGGAAAAAGCCUUCAAGAGAAGAGCUUUGAGUCAGCCCAGAUUCACACUCUUGUAUAUCCCAGCUACAUCUUUAAGGAAAGAUCAAAUCUAAGCUGUGAAGGACAGUACAGAAGAUUUUACCAAGUGGACUGCUUCUCUCAGUGGCUUUAUAUGUAUAGAUGGAUGUAGCCAUACUGAUUGAGCAUUGCUUAUAUGAAAUGCUUGGGACCAGGAGAGUUUCAGAUUUCAGAUUUGGGGAUAUUUGCAUAUACAUAAUGAGAUAUCUUGGGGAUGAGACCCAAGCCUAAACACAAA